GGGCGGAGCGGGGCCGCGCCGGGAGGCAGCGGGGCGAGGGGCGGCGGCGACGGCGAUGCGGCGGGUGCUGGCCCUCGCCUUGGGCUUCGUGGCCCUGGCGGCCGCCAGCCAGACCCCGCUGCAGCGGCGGGUGGUGCGGGACGUGCUCGAGUACUUCCACGGCCGCAGCGUGGUCUUCCUCUUCAGGGAGCACUCCCUCGAGGGGGCCGUCGAGCGGCAAGACUCGUCGGGGACGUUCGUCCAGCUGCGCGUCAACCUCGUGCAGACCAACUGCAGGAAGAGGGCGCAGAGGACGCAGAACUGCAAGACCGUGGAGAACAGGAGGAAGCCGGCCUGCCUGGCUUGCUACAAGUUUGACAACAGCGAUGUCCCCAAGGUGCUGGACAAGUACCACAACUGCGGCCCCAGCCACCACCUGGCCGUGAAGGAGAUAAAGCAGCGCGACGAGGCCGAGUGCAGGGCCGUGGAGGAGGCCGGCAAGUCGACGGACGUCCUCUACCUCCCCGGCAUGUUCGCCUUCUCCAGGGGGAUGCCAGCCUAGGUGGCUGCACCCGGCCACGGCCAGCUGACGCCGCGUCCACCAGCCCGGAAGGAUGCUGACAUGGGGCCAGCCCGGCCCCCCGAGCUUGCUGCCCCCCAGCGCUGUGCAAUGAAGGGAGGGUCGUCCUGCAGGUGGCCCCCCCACGCCUAGGCAGUGUCCGCAUGCACCAGUAAACCCCAGCUCUGCCUC